AUGAAACUAAAAGACAAAAACAGACCAAAAAGCCCACUUUCUGGGUAUGCUUGUUUUGUUCAGGUAAUCCGAGAAAAGCAUCGCUCACUUAAUCCCAAUGACAACGUCAUUUUCAGUGAAUUCGCCAAAAAGUGCGCAGAGAAAUGGCGAGACAUGGCUCCAGAUAAGCGAGCCCCGUUUGAGGAGAUGUCCAGACUAGACAUUAAGCGCUACAACAGGGAAAUGGGAGAGUACGUUCAGCAACAGCCUCACAUAGUGCAUCAGAAUGCAAUCAAUACACAGCAAAUGCAGCAUCAUACCCAUUCUCAGCAUCACAUGCGCGGAGCCAAAAGGAGACGUCUUAAAGAUCCAGGAAUGCCUAAGCGCUCGCUUUCAGCCUUUUUCUUCUUUUGUGACGAGCAUCGACCCAAAAUCCGCGCUGAACAUCCCGAAUGGAAGGUCAGUGAAAUCGCCAAGGAACUUGGAAGGCGCUGGGAAGAGUGCACUAACAAAUCCCCCUACGAGCUACAGGCGCAGAACGACAAGCUGCGCUAUGAAGAGGACAUGCGUAGGUACAAGGAGGGGACCUUCGUGAUGCUCCCGAAGCGCCUUAGGGACGCCACGGCAGAGCCCGGUAGCGGCAUUUUCGGUGAAGAGGAAGGUGCUAGUGGCAACGCAAAUUGCUUCGAAAUAGAGGGAAGUCGGGAAGUGGACGAAGUGGAUGGAGGGGAACUGGAGGAAGACGACGAUGAUGAAGAGGGGGAAGAAGAGGAGGACGAAGCAGAAGAGGAUGAGAACGAAGAGGAGCGUGACGGUAAGCUGGGAAGGCACCUUUUACUGUGCGGCCACGAACACGUCUACUUAAACGUCAUGUUCUUCAACUUUCGGAACGAAGACGAAAGGAUGGAAGAAGACGAGAAUCCGCCAGGAGACCAGGGUUUGAUUCAACAGCGUCAGGGACCCAACCCCUUUUCGGUUGCUUUUGUCGUGAGUGGACACGAGGAAGACGGUGGGAGUCCCGGAGGAGCCACAUCCCCGGUCCAUAAUGACGAAUAA